AUGAGCUCGAGAGGGAAAACUGUCCGGGACGACCAAUUAUGCGUGCUGGGGCCCCAGAGACUGAGAUACCCACGCUGGCGCGGGGAAGAGGGACUGGCCGCCAAACGCCGGGGUGGUGUCGACGGCGGCGUUGGCAUGAACCCGUGGACCUCCAGUCGGGAGACGAGAGCUUCCAAAGUUAGGUCGGCAGAGCGACAGGUCGAAUCACCCGAAGCCAAGAAGCCAUUGGGGCAGCGAGGCCCUGAAACAGUUCGUCUGGAGAUAGGGUUUGAUGGUCGGAAGAACUUGACAUUCAUGUCGGGUCCGGUGCGCUCCUUGAGCCUCGAGGGUUUGAUGGCAUAA